ACAAAGUUUAUCAAAUUUAAAUUAUGAAAUUUAAUUUUCUAAAAUUCAAAUAAAAAAUCGCGCCAAUUUAAUGCAUAAUUAUUUAUUUAAAUUUAAAUAAAAUAUAAAUAUUUAAUUUAUAAAUUAUUUAUUACAUUUAUAACUUAUAUAAAUAAAUAUAUUUAUGUAUAAGUAUCAGUGCACAUAUAGUCAUAUAUUUAUAUAAAUAUUUUUAUUGUGUUGGUAUAAGACAGCGGUUUUUUAUUGGUCGUUGGUUGGAAAAUUUGGUUAUCCAGUUUACAUUUAGGCAACAAAAAUUUUCUUGACCGUUUGAAAAGAGAUAAAAAAAAAACGUGGUUUGUAAAGAUUAAAAUCUCGGUAAACUCAAUACACUACAGACUACAAUAGACAAUUAUUUGUGUUCAUAUUUAUUGUGUGCGCAGUUUUGCCAGUACCAUAAAUGAUAGUAAAUAAUAUUUCAUUUUAUGGGGAUCGAAUUUAUGGAUAACAAUAAAGCAAUGAACUGUAAAAAUAAAUUUAAUGCAUUAGAUGGAAUAGAACACUUUUCAGACCUGCCAAGUUCAUCAGAAGAAAAAAAACCAAUCAGAAAAUUAUAUAUCAGUAAUUUUUGGGGAAAGGUUAAUCCAACAAUUCUGAAAGACCUAUUUUCACAGUACGGUGAAAUAAUUGAAUGUCGAGGUCCAUUUGUCAAUAUCAGAGGACAUCAUUUUGCUUUCAUUACAUUUAGUAAACCCGAGGAAGCUCACAAAGCUUUAGAGGCUGGCCGUCGUAAAGAAGUUAUUUUAUUCAAGAACAAACCAUUAAAUAUAAUGCCUUCAUUUCCACAUACGCAACCUACUGAAAGUCAGAUUAAAAAAUUAUUAUCAAAAAAAACUAAGAAGAAACGUAAGAAGACUAAGCCAGAAAAUCAAAAUAAAAAUAAAAAUAAGAAAAAGACUAAGAAUAUAAAAACACCUAAAAUUGAUUACAUCAACAAGAUUGAUGAUGACUGUUUAAUUAAUAUUUUUGUUCUGUUACCAAUGAAUGACCGUAUGAGAAUUGAACGAGUUUGUAAACGGUGGCAAGAUGUCAGUGCACGUGCCUGGCAUGACAUCAAAGAACUCGACUUAACACAACCCUUCCAGUUUUCAAAUUCAAAUAGUAAAGCUCAGAUUAAAAAUCGUACUGUAGAAAAAAUUCUUGAGAGAUGCGGACGUUUUUUAUCAACUUUACAAUUUUCUACAUGUAAUUUAGGCUAUAAUGCUGAAACAUUGCCAGUAAUUGGCGAGCAUUGUAAAAAUCUCACUAGGCUAACUCUUCAAUUACGUAAACACCCAAACAAAGAGUUGAACAAACUAUUUGCACAAUUUAAAAAAAUUCAGUAUCUAGAAAUCAAAGACAUAGGGAAAGAUUUUAAAUGUAAUAGUUUGGCAUCUUUACCUCAUGAUACUAUUGAGGAAAUACAUUUGUCAACAAAAGUAACUUACGAAUCAUUCGACCCUCACUUGAGAAGCUUUGGACGUUCUGGGCCAAAUACGUUCCGUAAAUUUAGUAACAUACGGUCGCUAACUAUGACUGGAUUUAUCUUAAAACCAGAUCUAAUUAAAGUUAUUGCUGAAAAAACACAUUUAACGUACCUGUCGCUUGCAAACUGCAGCAUCAAACAAAAAAAUAUUAUUAAAUUAGCGUGCUUGCGAAAAUUGGAGUACUUGAAUCUUUCUAAGGUUUUAGAAGUAACGAGUGAUUUUCUUAUCGCUCUGGCAUCGAAUUGUACUGAACUCAAAUACUUAAAUAUUACUGAUUGUUCAUCAGUAUCAAACUCCGGGAUAGCAGCACUGUCAAUGUUACCUCAGUUAGAAACAUUAAUAAUUAAUGAACUGUAUGAUAUAACAGAUGUGACUGUCAGUAAUUUUGUUAGUCUACAAGAAUUACACUGCGAAAAUUGUGAACAAAUUCAAGACGCAGGAAUUAUGAUAUUACUUCAGACUGCCCCUAAUUUAAAGAUUCUUAAUUUAUUUAACACUUCUAUAUCAACAGCAGUGCUGGAUACUGCCGAAGUUAUUACGAGAAAACGUACCAACAAUUUACUACUCCGUAUUAAAGUAAAUACAAUGGUACUGGACGAGUGGGAAGAUAGAACUAAUCCAUCACCACUUCUGGACGUCGAAGGCAAAGACGAGACUGUCUCAGACGUAUCUGAUGAGUUUCUGUAUGACCAUGACGAUGAUGACGAUUUAUGGGACCUCGGCAUCGAUGAUGAAUUCGAUGAUUACGACGCCGAUGAGUACGAUUUCGAUGAAUUCGAUUACAAUGGCGUCAAUCCUUUCUUUCUAUUCUAAAUGCUGUUAAUAUUAUUAUUAUUAUUAUUUAAUAAUAAUAUAUUUCAUAUAUAAGACCAUUAAAAUAAUUUAACUUUUCAUUUUCCAA